CUCGAGGAGACGCCCGUGUCCAUCUGCGUCAACGCGGGCGCCUGGAACGACUACACGGGCGGCGUCAUGACGUCGGCGGCCUGCGGCCCCAUGGGCGCCGAGUACCAGGACCACUGCGUCAUGGCCACGGGCUUCAACGUCACCGCGCCGACGCCCUACUGGAUUGUGCGCAACUCGUGGUCGUCGACGUGGGGCGAGCAGGGCUACAUCUACCUCGAGAUGGCCAAGAACACGUGCGGCCUCGCCGAC